AUGGUCCCAUUAGCCACCGAAGACGAGCUGUGGGCGACCGAAGGCCUUGCCGAUGCGCCAGAAUCAGAUCCGACUCUCGAAGCCCAACCACCACGACGGCCGAUCAAUGCCACUGAAUUCAAGGAUUUCCUCAACUCCAAACUCCUCAAACCUGGUCCGGCGGUACCCAAACUAUGGACCUCGAGUCGCGUUACUCAUUGGGAAGGGGACCCGAUUUUAGGCUUACUACAACACCAAUCCAUCGGCGAGCUACUGCGUAGUCAGCCAGGUCAAAUGUCUACCAGUCUUGAAUUCGUCACUGCUGGACUUGAGGGAAAAGUGGUUGGCUAUCGUGAGCUGUCCAAGCCCUCCGGACCUUCCAUGACCGCCAAGACAUCUUCCUCAUUAAGUCGAGAGCCUGCUAGCUACACCGAGGACUUUGUUAGGGGCAAGUCGGGAUAUUUUCCUUUUACACCGGGUGGUUUGGAAGUGGGAGUUGAGCUGCAGCCAAUGAGCAACCAAGUCGAACCCGACGAAUUGGUGGAGAGUAUUGAGAAAGGCUUCGAGUCCAACCGCGGUGGCAUACGUACUAUCCCCCCUGGAUUUACUAGAGGACUUGACUUUAGCGAUACGGCAAUGGAUGCUGAAACGGAAGCAGAAGAUUCGGCUGAUGUGGCACCCAGUCAAGUGGAGCCUAUCUAUGUGCCCACUGAAAAAUUCAAGCGUACCGUGCGGCAAGAAGACCGAGAUAAUGCUGAGACAAAAUCGUUUUCAGCGCAGAUAGAUGAAGAAGUAGAAGCUCUACUCCCCAAUACUUCGAAUGUGAAGGUCUCGGCUGAACGCAAACGUCCCGUCAUCUCUAAGCGAGAUUGGGCUCAUGUGGUGGAUGUCAAUCAAGAAUUGGUAAACUUCAGGGACCUGGUACCCGAUAUGGCGAAAGAGGCAAGUCUUGCGAGUUUGAUGAACUAUCCCUUUGAGCUCGACACUUUCCAAAAAGAAGCCGUUUAUCACCUGGAGAUGGGGGAUUCAGUCUUUAUCGCUGCUCACACUUCAGCUGGAAAAACUGUGGUGGCAGAGUACGCCAUUGCGCUUGCAGCUCGACACAUGACUAGAUGCAUAUACACGUCACCCAUCAAAGCUUUGUCUAAUCAAAAAUUUCGCGACUUCAAGCAGACGUUUGAUCCGGACACCGUUGGUAUCUUAACUGGUGAUGUGCAGGUCAACCCAGACGGUAGCUGUCUAAUUAUGACCACUGAAAUUUUGAGAAGUAUGCUCUACAAAGGAGCUGAUCUGAUACGGGAUGUGGAGUUUGUUGUCUUCGAUGAAGUACAUUAUAUCAAUGACUCGGAGCGGGGUGUGGUUUGGGAGGAAGUCAUUAUCAUGCUCCCUGAUCAUGUUACCAUCAUUUUGCUGUCAGCCACUGUACCAAACACCAAAGAGUUUGCAGAUUGGGUAGGACGAACCAAGAAGAAAGAUAUCUACGUCAUCAGUACUCCGAAAAGGCCUGUUCCUCUGGAACACUUUUUGUACGCAAAUAAAGACUUGUACAAGAUUUUGAACGCUAAAGGGGAGUUCUUGGGACAAGGGUUCGUAGAUGCAUUGAAACGCGCUCAAGUAAAAGAACGAGAGGCUGCAGGUAUGUUACCUUUGACCCGGAUGGGCGCUGCGGCAUCUAACCGUGGUCAACGUGGUGGCGCGCAGUCUCGCGGGAGUCGCUCAAAUACCUCAGCGCGUGGAAAUACUAACUUGAUGGCUAGAGGAGGUGGGCGUGGAGGAGGCGGCCAUAAUAGUGGACGAGGUAAUCAAGAAGAUAGAAAUCUAUGGGUACAUCUGGUAGGAUUGUUGAAGAAACAGAACCUGCUACCAGUUGUGGCAUUUACAUUUUCUAAGCGAAGAUGUGAAGAUAAUGCAUCGAGUAUGCCCAAUACAGACCUAUGCAGUGCAAAGGAAAAGAGCGAGAUUCAUGUGAUCAUCGAAAGAAGUUUGAAAAGGCUCAAUGAUUCUGAUAAAAAACUGCCUCAAAUAUUGAGGAUGCGUGAUAUGUUGAGCCGCGGGGUUGGUGUACAUCAUGGCGGGCUACUCCCGAUAGUCAAAGAGUUGGUCGAGAUCUUGUUCACGCGUGGAUUGGUCAAAGUGCUAUUCGCAACUGAGACUUUCGCAAUGGGUGUGAAUAUGCCGGCACGCAGUGUUGUUUUCUCGGGUAUAAAGAAACAUGAUGGUCACUCCUUUCGGGAAUUGCUACCUGGUGAAUACACCCAAAUGUCGGGAAGAGCCGGUCGUAGAGGAUUGGAUAGCACUGGAGUCGUUAUCAUCGUAUGCACAGACCAGCCUCCGGAUACCUCGACAUUGCACAAAAUGCUCCUGGGUCAACCUACCAAGCUACAGUCUCAAUUUCGACUGACAUAUAACAUGAUUCUGAACCUCUUGAGGGUUGAAGCUCUUCGGGUCGAAGAGAUGAUUAAACGGAGUUUCUCGGAAAACGCUCAGCAGAGAUUGUUACCUGAUCAGCAGAAGAAGAUUGUAGAGUGUGAACGAGAGCUGCGAGCACUGGGCAUAUCGGACGAUCCAGAGAGGAAUGAAAACAUCAAAGAAUAUCUUGGAUUGAUGACACGAUUGGAAGCACUGAACGCAAGCAUGAUUGAAAGCAUUUUGAGUCAUCCCUCCGGCUCUCGUGCCUUCCAAUCAGGCCGCCUUGUGAUACUGCGGGAUGGGGUAUAUAAUCCAGCGGUGAUCCUAAAGCUUGCUCCAGGAUUCCACAAAUCUGCCGAUGGCCGUAUCGAUCGAUCACGAACUUAUCUUGUUCUUGCCUUUGUACCCACUGAAAUCCGCGCAGGCACAAAAGAUUUACCUUCUGAGUCGGUUCCACCUCGCUGGCCACCGCGAAUUCAUGCUCAGACCGAAGACCUUACCUAUGAGCUUGCCGUGAUACCCACGUCGUCCGUCUCCCUGAUCACCAAACACUUGAUAAAACUAGACGCAGAGUCUAUCGCGAAUCAUCAUAGAAAGUCAGAGAUGGAGAAUACACUGAAGAACUUUAAGGAAAGUCAACUUCUGAAUCAACUGGCUGAUACAAAUAUCAUUCAAGAUAUCCAGGAAAUCGAAUGGGAAUCUACAAAGUUACGUUCCGUAGAUUUUAGAGAUUUGUUGCACGAACGGGAUACCCUUUUGGCUAGUCUCAUAGCUUUCGGUGAUAUAGAACAGACGGAAGGAUUACGCAUGGCUUCGAGCGAUCAGAAUCUAGAACUUUUACCCGACUAUGAAGCACGCAUUGCUGUUCUGAAGGAACUGAAGUUUAUCGAUGAGCGUUCGACCGUGCUCCUCAAGGGUCGAGUGGCUUGUGAAAUUAACUCUUCCUCCGAGUUGAUUUUGACUGAGCUCAUCUUGGACAACGUGUUCAUGGACUAUGAUCCAUCAGAGACAGUCGCACUUCUCAGCGCCCUGGUGUUCCAAGACAAAACUGAUAAUAAACCGAUGCUCACACCCGCCCUUGAACAAGGAUGUCAACAGCUCACCAAGAUCUCUGAGAGAGUGGAGGAAGUUUGUUUAAGACAUAGAGUUGAGGUUGACGAUGUUGAAGGGCCUCGUUCCAGUCAUUCUGGGUUAAAUUUCGGUAUGGUAGAGCUGGUGUGGCACUGGGCGCAAGGAAUGCCAUUCGCGGAACUGGUGGGCUUGAGUGACAUCCAGGAAGGCACGAUUGUGCGAACAAUGACAAGAUUGGAUGAAAGUUGUCGGGAGGUUAAGGAUGCAGCACGUAUUAUCGGAGACGCUACAUUGGGUAAGAAAAUGGAGGCAUGUCAGGCACUUAUCCGGCGCGAUGUUAUCUUUGUCAGUAGCUUGUACAUUUGA